AUGCUGGCAGAAGCAGUUGAUUUCUUGAUGUCUCAGUGGGAAGCUGGUGGGAGGCCACGCAGAUACGGAGGUGUCAAUGAACGCAGCGUGGGUUUGGAGGGGCUGAGGGGAAGGCGCAGAGAAAAGGAGCGCCUUCCUCGGGCUGCCGAGGCGCGGACAGCCGCCCGCUGCGAGAAACGGCUGCCAGAAACGGGAGGCCGCGCCCUGCCGGCCGCACGGGGGCGCUGUGGGGGGCGGCGCUGCUCCGCCGUUGGCCCCGCCCCGCAAUCCCGUGUCCUGGCAACGGCGUGGGACGCGAGCGGCGGCGUCGGGCAGCACCGAGCAGCACCGAGCGCUGCCCCCGGAGCCGGCGCGGCCAUGAGCGGCCCUCAGCCGGGGUUCCUUGCAACCUACAACAGCCUGACAGACAAACACCUGGCUGGAUAUUUCAGCAAUGCCCGGAUAAGGAGACAUCUUCAGAGAUCAGGACUGAUCUCAAAAAGUGGAAGAAUAAUACCAGAGAAAGAAUACCGACUGAAUGCUCUGAGGAGGGAUCACCAGAGAUACGUUCAGGAGUGCCUGACGAGGGCCGUAUUUCUGAAGGUCCUUGACAUGGAGCGUCAUCAUCAGCUGGAAGUAAGAAGGAAACUUGAAAGUUCUGUAAGGAAGGCGAGGGUGCAGAAAACCAAGAUGGAGCGGCCCAGAAGACCAGUGGAAGAUGCUAACCCUCUGCACUCCCCACGCCCACCGCUUGGCUCCAGAAAUCCUUACGGACGCCAUCCUUUAAUGGCUGGAGAACCAGCUGCUCGUUCACAAUUGAGAGCUCCUGGGCCUAUAGUUGAUUAUAGAGGUGGACAUCCUUUUGAUCAGCACAGAUCCAAGGAGUUGGCCUUUUUAAAGACAGCUUCUUCCCAUCGACCAAAUACAGCUCCAGGAAAUAUGCAGUACCCACUUCGACUUCAGCCGCUCCACAGCUGUGCUGCAGCAGGGGCUGUUCCAAGGAGUUCAGGCUCUAAACAAAAGUGCAGCACGCUUGAAAAUUACCAGCAGUUUGCUAGUGGGAGAGAGAGAAGUGGGCUAAGAUUUAUGAACUCAGUGGAAUAUGCGUCUGGGAAAUCCCCAUACCGACUCCCUGUCAUUAACAACUAUCUGAUACCAGUGCCACCUCCUACCCUGCAAAAAAGAGACAGGAGUGUAAAGGCAGUGAGAAAUGGGACUUGCAGAAGGAGACGAUUUCGUCCCACCACUGCACCAAAUGGCUUAGAGCAACUUGUAGCCAAGAAUUCUGGAGAAUUCCUUAAGCCCUCAUUACACAGCAAUGCAUUUGUUACCAUGAUCUUUCUGGGAAAAAGUGUGCAUUUGUCUCACGAUGAUUCUGAUUAUAGAGAUGAAAUCAAAAUCUAUCAGCAGCAUUGUGGAGGAGAAAACCUUUGUGUCUACAAAGGCAAGCUGUUGGAAGGAGAGACAUUUCAGUUCGUCUCCAAGAGGCACCGUGGUUUCCCAUUCAGUCUCACCUUUUUUCUCAAUGGGAUGCAAGUGGACAGGUUGAGCUCUUGCUGCGAGUACAGACAUCAGAAGCGUUCCAGGCUUGGAGGCAGACAUGGAUACUUUGGAUUUCUCAAUGUGGAGGGAGCAUCUCCUUGCUAUAGAUGCAUUGUUGCGAUGGGUCUGGACAAAAAGCCGUCCCCUCCCAAGAGGGAGAUGGAGGAGGACUGUGAGGGAAAGCAAGUGGGUUCCUGGAAAGAUGGAGUUCACAGUGAGCCAAGUGGUAGCAGCACUGAUCAGAAAUCAAGCAAAGAAUCGGUGCUAGUCAUCUUACCAAGUCACGAAGCAGAUGUGGAAACCGUUGAGGACAAAAUGGAGACUGGACAGGAUUACGAAAGAGAAGAAGGGACGAAACUACCCAAUUGUGAGGCUGAAGAUAGUCAGGAAGAUACUGGUAAAAAUGAGUAUAAUGAAGAUUUUGAAGCAGAUGAAGUUAGUGAAGAAGGACAGACUGGUGAUCAAAGGAAUGGAAUGUCAAAGUCAUCCCCAGAUGAUGAAAAACAUAAUUUAGACUAUGAAGAGGAGAGUAAAGACGCGUCACAGAAGGCACUGCAGGCUUCUGACAGUGAGAAAGAUGAGAGUGAUGGGAGUUCUGACAGUACCUCAGAGAAUGGCAAACCAGUGUGUGCCAGCUCACUGCAGACACUGCUGAAGUGUUUAGUGGGGGAAGUGGAGGUGGUGCCAGUCAACAGAUUAGCCCUAAAUGUUGUGGGCAAACACGUAAUGAUUGCAGGCAUCCCUGAAGCCGUGACCAUUACACCUUCUAAGAUGAAAAGUGCAUGUUUUCAAAAGUCACCUGGACGCCUGAAACUAGACAGGAGCUCUGCACCCUCUCUGUCAUCCACCAGCACUCAGUAUAGCAGUGAAGAUGAGUCUGAUACUGAGAAGAUGAAGGAAAAUGUUAAAGGCAAAGAGGAGCGUGAUAUCAAAGAAGCAUCUGAUAACACAGCAUGUGCACUAUAUGGAAAUGAGAGUGGGGAAAAUAAACUGUUCAGAACAGAGGACAGUCAGAAAACUUUCUCUUUGGAAGAGGAAGGAAUGGAUGAAGCAGAAACGACAAAAACAGAAGCUCUGACAUCAAGGGAAAAUACUGAAGCUUUUCAUGAAAACAUACUGGAGAUACAGCAUCAAAGUCCUGAUGUUACUGGGGAAAUGAAACAGGCUGGGUCAAUGGAAAGUAGCAUAAGGGGAGAAGAGGAGAAGAAAGCAAACAACAGAAGGGACAGUGGGGAGAAAAAUGUUUCAGUGCCUUUGGAAAAAAAUAUGAUGGAAGUGAAGGAUGGAAAUGAAGAGUCUCCUCAGAGUGAUGAAGGAGGUGUUUCUGAAGAUGAUAGAUCAGCACAGGAGGAGAUAACAGAGGCAAUGGGAAAUGACCAUCAUGUGAAUUUUGACCAUGAAUGUAGUGUUUCUUGUGUGGAUGAGGAAGUAGAGAAUGCAACGAGUGCAGAGAGUGAUCCCAGUGAAGCUUGCGUGACCGGCCAGCUCCAGCAGCCACGUGUAACUGAUGUGCUCUUAGCAGUUACAGUGACCCAGGCAGCAGCUGGUGGAGCUGUCCUGGCAGACACAACAGGAGCACCCAGCACGCAGUCAGAAGCAGUGGAAGUGGCACAUGUGGGGAAAGACCAUGGGGAGGAGGGAGGGCAUGCUGGCACUGACUGUGGUGGGCACACAGCAGCACGGGCAGGAGAGCUGCAGCCUGAGGGAGAGGAAGCAGCCGUAGCCCCUGAGAGGCAUUUGCUUGUGGAUGAGUUGGCACCUGCCAAGGGUGCAAUGACAGAAGGUGAUGCUGAGGAGAGGGAACCAGGGAUGGGGACAGAGCCAGGUGUGGAGGUUGAGGAUCAGGAUGCUCCCACAGGUGCAGGGGAGAAUAUGGGGCCAUGGAGGGACCCAGCAGGUGAGGGAGAGGAGCAGGUGGGCAUGGGGGCACUGUUGGGUGUGGGAGGGGCCAGGGGGAUCACUGGAGGAGAGAGGGCUGUGGAUGAGGCCUCUGAGGAGCAGAGGGUGGUGGGAACAGCAGUGUCUGUUUCAGGGGGGAUGAUGCCUGAGGGAUGGGGAGCUGCAGAGGAUGCAGACCUGGCAGAAGGGACUCCUGAGGUGGGUGACCUUGCAGCAGUGUGGGCCACAGAAAAAGCUGCUUUUGAAGGGCAGAAGACUGUGGAAGAAGCUGGGGCUCUCCCAGGAACAUCAGAGGAUACAGAAUUUUGUACUGGAAAGGAAGAGAUCCUAAAGCCAAAUGAGUUUUGUCAGCUGCAAGUCUCAGAGGAAGAGCAGGUGGAAAUGGAUGCCCUUGGGACAGCGACAUUUGAGCCUGACAGACCACCAGAGGAGGAGGGCAGCUCUCAACCAAGGGCAGAAGACAUGGAAGAGCCCGAGGACUCAGGCAGGGACCCUGCAUUACACUCAGUACCUGGGCGAGAAGUUGGGGAGGAUGCUGGAAGGGACUCAGCCAAUGGAGGGUCAACUCCAUUGGAGCAGACAGUAACAGCAGGGGAUGAGGAGGGCUCAGCAAUAGUACUUUUGAGUGGAAGCCUCCCUUUUGGCAGUGCUGCAAAGACAGACAGAGCAAUGGAAGAAAAAUCUGACCGGGUGGUGAUGGGAGUGUCUGAAGAGAGAGCCAGAGCUGAGUCAGAAGAUGAAGAGGUGAGAGGGGGAGCAGCAGGGCCACAAGAGCAAGUGGCCAUGGGGCAGGGACUGCUGGAGUGUGGUACAGGUGGGGAGCAGGCAGUGCUGGGAGAGGGGAGGCCUCCAGGCCAGGGUGUGAUGGGGUGCGAGGCCCUGGAGGCAGCACAGGGAACCCAGGGCAGAGGCUGCCUGGGACUGUGGGGGCAGCAGCCUGCAGUGCCUGCAUCGGGGGCAGCACCAGAGGACACAGUGCCAGCAGGAGUGCAGAUUGAAGGGAAGCUGCCAGAGCUGGGCCUUGGAGAAAGUACCCAGAGGAAAGAGAUGGAGGCUGUGUUGGAAGGAACUGUGGGCUGCUCUGAUGCACAGGAACAGAGGAUUGGGAGUCCUGAACAAGAGCAUGGCCACAGUGAGGAUGUAAACCUGGACGCUGUUGUCAUACCCCAGGACAAGGAAGAAACUAUUCUCUGAGCCUUUUCUUCAGUCACUCAGUGCUCCUUCCCACAGCGUUCACACCGACCAUUGAUCUGUGCCCUGUGGAUGUUCUGUAUUACUCACAGUACCUCAGCCAUCGCUCACACACCACGGCAGCUCUGCAGUGUGUAAGUCCAUAACUACCAGCACUGUCCUGCAGUUGCCACUCUUGGAUUCUCUGAAGCACAGAGCAGUAUUGCACUGAGUGUCCCCUGCUGCCUGCCCCCUGUGCUACUGCAGGCCUGUGGAUGUGUGUUUGACAGUAAACGUGCUUGGCUUUA